AUGUGUUUCAGGCGUUUGGCCAGAAAACUCCCUCUGCCCGUUGAGAACAAGGAAACCCGUCCUCGCAUUGAUUUAAUAGUGUUUAUAGUGAAUCUGCUGUCAGAGCGCAGUCUGCAGUCAGUGGAAAGCUCUCUCGCCCAUCUGCACUCAGACUGCUUCCUGGGGAAAGUGUGUUUCUUGGUCACUGAUGGUGAGUUGAGAGCCACUUUCAACAAUUGUAAAUGUGCGCACACUCAUUUUUGCAGAUGUGUGUUACGGCGCGUUACUCUCUCUGUCUCUCAGACGGCAGAUGGCGUGAAUGCAGCAGCCGUGCGGCUCCAGAACAUCUUGACGGUGUCGGCGGGAAUGUCGCCCAUAGCAACCACCGCCCUCUAUCUGUCCUCUCUGACCCGCUGCUCGGUGACCUCUGACCUUGAAGAGGACUGACCUCCAAUAGGAUCAAUUAAGAACUACAUUAAGACUUGAUUCAUUACUUUGAAUUUCCACACAGGUAACACAAGUUGCAGAUAAUCACACUGGACUGCAGAUUAGUUCACUGUUAUUUUCACAUCACUGUCCAUGAAAUGUACCUUGCCAUGGGACUUUAUUAAAUACUGUGUGUUUUCAUGGCUGCCCAACGUUCAUAUUCAGCUCUUGUAAUGAAUUAACACAUCCAAAUCAGCAGGGGGAGCCAUUGGGUAGCGAAGGAAUCGCUUAGAACAUAUUCCCCAAAUAAUUAUCCUUUUACAAUAUUUAUAAAUACAAUAAUUGAAUUUUUAUUGAAAUGAAUUUCAUUUCUUACAUAUAUUUACUACAAUACUAGUAAAAAGUUUGGAUGUACUUGGUGAGCUUACUAUUAUUAUUAUUAUUAUUAUUAAUAUUCCCAUGUUUUCCCAGUUUUAAUGGCUUAACUAUUGUUAUAAAAUAAAAAAGAAUGAGUAAAUAAGUCAGAAAUUGACUGGUACUGAACCUAU